AUGUCGGUAAGAAAUCGUACGGCACCCGGUCCCGACAGAAUAAGACCAGAACACCUGAAGAGCCUUCCGCCAGUACUCAUCAACACCCUGGCGAGGCUCUUUACACGUUAUCUGUCGGAAUGCAAGGUUCCUAAACAGUGGAAGACCAGCAAGACCGUGUUGUUGUAUAAAAAGGGAGAUCCACAUGACAUCGGCAACUAUCGCCCAAUCUGCCUACUGUCCGUCAUCUACAAGCUCUUUACAAGAGUAAUCCUUAAUAGGAUUGAAAAAGUCUCGGAUGAAGGACAGCCAUGUGAGCAAGCAGGGUUUCGAAAAGGAUUCAGCACGAUUGACCACAUUCACACUGUUUCGAAACUCAUCGAGGUAUCACGAGAGUACAAGAUGCCGAUCUGUCUCAGCUUCAUCGACUUAAAGAAGGCCUUCGACUCAGUUGAGAUGGACGCGGUCAUGGAAGCUUUGGAUAACCAAGGCGUCCCUACUCAGUACAUAAAGGUACUUCGAGAGUUGUACAGUAACUUCACGGCCGGAAUUUCGUUAUUCUACAAGAAUAUCAUCAUUGACGUGAAGAGGGGGGUCCGACAGGGUGAUACAAUCUCACCCAAAACAUUCACAGCCACCUUAGAGAACGCAAUGCGAAAGUUGGAAUGGGACGACAUGGGAGUGAAGGUUGAUGGUCGGCAGCUACACCAUUUGCGCUUUGCUGAUGACAUCGUACUGAUAACACCUAGCAUCAGCCAAGCGGAACGAAUGCUGACCGAAUUUGACGAAACAUGUGGAUGCAUCGGUCUUCAGCUGAAUCUACAAAAGGCGAUGUUCAUGCGUAACGGAUGGGUCUCGGAUGACCCAUCCACGCUCAACGGAACGGACAUAUCCGAAUGCACCAGCUUAUUUGGGUCGGGAACUGAACAUGAUGAACGACCUGACCUCCAAGCUGGACAGGAGGAAACGAGCGGCUUGGGCAGCGUGUAA